AUGCGACAAGAGUAUCCUGAUAACAUUAGUGAAAGUGAUUAUACUGAUCAAAUAUGGCCACCUAUUUUUAAGUCUCUAUUUGCAAUUAAUAGACUGUACCAACAGAUUCUACAAUCAAAGACUGGCAUCCGAUUCAUUUUCGACUGCAAGGAAUCAGAGUUUGACAUUGGUGGUGCUGAAGUCUACCUUCCCGAUGCUGAUAUUACCAAGCUUACAGACGAUGAGGCAAAGUUGUUGAGAGAAGGAAAGAGUAUUGACAAUUCCUUGAACAGUGUUAGUUAUGGCGACAUUUGCUUUUCGUGGAUUGUUCAAAUUUCGGUCUUAAGGGCUUAUUUCUCAACAGUGGCCAAUGUUGGUCACGGUUUGCAUGUUGGCAUCUUACAAAACCAAAUUUUGUUCCCAAGUUGCAUCGGGGAGUUAAAUAACGCCACCAAAUCAUUGGCAUUCUUCAAAACACUCUUCCAAUUUGAAAAUGGUAUUGAAGACUCUGCCCAUAUUAUUCAAUCAAAUAUUUCCCAAACAAAUAAAUGGAACAACGCAACCAGCGACAGAUUUAGUGAUCCAGGGCUGGCACCUCUGCCUCGCACCAUGCAACACCUUUUGUCUCAAACGUGUAUAUCUCCACACUACAAUCUUCAAAUGUUGGAAACCGGUUCAGAUACUUUAAUUGAAGAUAGUAUCCUUGAUUCCCCCUUCCCUUCAGUUACUGAUAAUAACGAGCUUACCACAGAAGAUUCCUUUGGGUUUCCUACAUUUGAACCCGAUAACGAUGUGGAUGGUAUUGGCGCUAAGCUACUGCUAGAUGAUACACUUAUGGUACUUACUGAGGCCCAAGUUAUUGUUAUUGAAUUGACAGAAUAA